AUGAUCCGAGCCACACUGGCCAACACGAGUUCUCCGGGGAGACCUCCGACCCCUCCCAGGUCCCGCUGGGUGCCCGUGAGCAGAGCCCAGCUCUGCAAGGCUCCAUGGAGACCGGAUAUGCGGCUGCACCCGGGAAUUCCAGGAGGCCUGCGGGGAAGGCUGGAAUGCGGAGCUUCGGUUUGCACGGAAGUCGCUGCAUUGAAAGGGGGAGCGGGACAGCCCGGCGGGGAGCCCUGCCUACAGUCAGGCCGGCUGAGGCGUCGAGAACUUAUCAUCUGCACAGAAACUGCAGUUGUUUGCGGCAUCUGUGUUCACAACCUGGAAGCAGCCACGAUGUCCUUCAGUAGGUGA